CACCUCCCCCAGGCCACUUGAGACCCAACCUCCCAUCUCAGUCGCGAGAACCAUGAUUUUCUGCGUGGAGCUUUUUAGGGGAGCGAUUGUACAUCUCAACUGCGACACACUGCUUGAUUCUUAAAGUUGAGGAGAGCGGUCACAUCUCUCAGCCAUCUAUGUUGUAGUUUGUCCAUUUCUUGGAGUCAGAUGUGGACAAUGACUAUCUUUGUCCUAACUUUUUCCAUUUUCUUGGAGUUAGAUUUCCUAACCUGCAAGAUUCAGUGGACAGGUACCAUCUCUGUCCUAAUUUUACUGCCAUACAGCGAUGUAAAGGUUUUGUUAAUGUUAGAUAAUAAUUGGGACUUGGAACAUUUUCCGCCAUUGAAGGUCUAUGUUGGGAUUCACAUUUCAGGAUUCAGAGACUUCCUGUUGAAACCAGAUCUUAUUUGGGCCAUUGUGGACUCAGGAUUUGAACAUUCAUCGGAAGGCAAAAUCUUUUCAUAAUAUCUCGGAAUGAGCCGAUUUCAAGGGCCCUCUCCCCUGAAGCGCAAACGGCCAGACUCAAAUACACCUUCUGGGUCUUUGACAGAACAAGAACGUCUCCUCUAUGAUCUGAUCCGAAGCAAGCAAGACAUGGCAAUAUGGACAAGGGACAUGAAACGUGAAACAAACCUUCCUGACAAUGUGGUUACCAAAUCCCUCAAGUCACUUCAAACCAAGAAAUUGAUAAAAGAGGUAGUGAACAUCCAAAAUAAAGGCAGAAAACACUAUAUUGCGACAGAGUUUGAACCAUCAAUGGAAAUAACUGGUGGGACUUGGUAUGCCGAGGGGAACCUUGAUACGGAGUUUAUAAACUUUCUGAAAAAACACUGUGUAAAGAUCAUUUAUGAGCAGAAGGUCGCUACACUGGAGGGAAUCUUGGACACAAUCAGAAGGAGUAGAGCCUUCAAUGUUGAGUUCACAUCACAACAAGUUGAAGAGAUAGUGAAUUCUUUGGUUUUGGACAAUGAGAUAAUGGAGGUGAAGAGCAAUGGAAUAGGGGAGUUUGAUUCUAUUCCUGUUGGGAGAGUUUGUUAUACAUGCACAAGCAAAGGAGGCAAUAAUGGGGAACCGAAGAUUGGGGCCAUGGCUUCCAUUCCAUGUGGAGUUUGUCCACAGAUAAGUUUAUGUACACCGGAUGGCAUAAUUUCCCCGAAGACCUGUGUCUACUUCACCAAAUGGUUGGAUUUCUAACUAUAUCACUGCAGAGUUUCUGAUAUAGUCUGCAGGGCUUUCCUCCCCCAUCUUUUCUCUCUUUCCCAGGGUCCUAGUUUUGCUUAUGUUAGUGUCUCACAAGAAUGCAACGAUUCUUUAUCCUUUUUCAGUUUACGAUAUUGAUUGCCAUUUUUUAACAUGAAAUAUUGGUUAGAUCA